AUGCCAGGCACCGACGCCCUCAUAAUGGAUCCCGAAAUUGUGCCUACGAUCACCGCCAUCCUCUCAAUCCAUACCCGUCUUUUCGCCCUACAGUCUCUUGUUCCCAGCCCAGAAGUCAACGGUCUCUUCGAAGACUUGAUGACCAUCUGCCUCAGACCUAUACCAAACGCUCGCUCGUCGCGCAUCCUUUCCGAUCCGCGAAUCGUCGAAAUCCUUCCCGCCCUCCACCAACUAUGUUCCCUCAGCGAGUUCGAAAUGGAAAAGUACUGGUGUAAGCGCAUCACCGACUCAUCCAAUCCUAACGAAGAACUUCGCAAAUUCACCUAUUUCGAAAACUACGUCGACCUCACACGUCUCGAGCUCGCAGCCAUAUACGCCCUAGACACAAACCCGAUCAAUAAUGUAGCAUUCAUAGGCAGUGGGCCGUUACCCUUGACGAGCAUAUGUUUGAUGGAACAAGUCAACGAAACCGCGGAGUUGACAAGAAAAGCCAAUCUUGGUUUUACAAGCUGGAUAUUGGAGACUCUAGGCCUGACGAGGAAAUCGAAGGUCAAGAUUUUGAAUAUCGAUCAUUCGCCUGAGGCGAUCAAGAGUUCGACGGUUUUGGUACAUAAUUUGGGAAUCUCGUCGGUGAAAAUGAUGUUUAGUCUUUCUUCCGCAUCGGACUUGACUUCUUUGAAGGAGUAUGAUGUGGUAUUCCUUGCUGCUCUUGUUGGAUCAACUCAAGAAGAGAAAGAAAAGGUCUUGGGAGUUAUAGUCAGUAAAAUGACCAUCGGUGCGCUAGUGGUGAUCAGGAGUGUGGCUGGCAUGAGAGGAUUGUGUUACCCUGCUUUUGACGCGACUACCGAAGCUGUUGCUGCUUGUAUAGAUGUCGGGGUGACGGUUGAUCCUGGGACGAGGGUUGUGAACUCCGUUGUUGUUGGGAGGGUUAGGGCGAGAGAAUAA